GGCAAAUUUUACAUUAUGGCUGUUCCCACCAAGGCUAGCUUCACCGUUAGAAGUAUUUUGGAUUUGCCAGAGAAUGACAGCGAGAGCGCGGAUCAUCUUUCUCCAUUCCACUCCCUUUCUGAAUCUCCAUACUCGUCAUGGGCGGACAGCGACAGAAGCAACUGCAUGUCCUCAGAUGAUCGCAAUUUGACGACGUCCCCUGACUCCACCGGCUCUAAUGAACCAACUGCAGAAGUGGACCUUGAAAAGAAGAAGAAACGACGAGUGCUUUUCUCCAAGGCCCAGACCUUUGAGUUGGAGAGGCGCUUCAGACAGCAACGCUACCUGUCUGCUCAGGAGCGGGAGCAUCUCGCCCAUCUUCUCCGCCUUACCCCCACGCAGGUCAAGAUAUGGUUCCAGAACCACCGGUAUAAGAUGAAAAGGGCGCGGGUCGAGUGCGUACCAGAGCUCGGUUCUCCAUCAGUGCUGCGCAGGGUUGUGGUUCCGAUUUUAGUACGGGACGGUAAACCGUAUCAGAGUUGCAUUUCCGAUACCGAAAAGGGCUUUUGUGUGGUCCCGCCAUCGUCUUAUGAUCCACGAGGGAUCCAGCCUUUUCAGCCAUCAUCUCUUGCGCUUCUUUCCCAAUACCAGCACUUCUCAAACGCAACGGCUCCCAGGCAUUUUAUUUGGUGA